CUGGCCCCUCUCCGAGGGUCCGGGAGCCCAGCGUGGGGGGCAGCGGGUCCUUCCCCCUCUGCUCCAGUGCCACGUUCGCAGCCCCCGGGCUGGAGCUGGGCAUGGAGGGGGCCGCGAUUGUCCCUGUGGGAGCACUCGGCCCCCGGGAAGGGAAGAGGGCAGUGGUAAAAAUAACCCCUGGGCCAGCUCCAGCCCAUUGUGGCUUCCUGCGAUUUACAGCCCUUCCCGGGGGGAAGAGGCAGGAACGGGCGGCUCGGGGCUGGCUUUGACCCUUUCACCGCCACCAGAGAAGGUGCCAGAAGGACCUUUCCUCCUCCUUUCCUGCCUGGGUGGGAUCCUGGGGAGGGGGAUUGUGGUGGGCUCCUGCUCCUGAGCUGCCCCCACACCCUGGGGUGGGUGUAGGAGGAGAAGCUGCUGGAGUGGACCCGGUUUCCCUGCCCCAUUCCUGACCCACCCUGUGCAGGGGGACAGAGACUGGAGGCAGAAAUCCCUGCUGCAGAUCCCGAAACGCCGGCCGGGGUCCCGUAAGGAAGCGGAGGGAGGAGAGGAGCAGAGGCGAGCUGGGGCUGCAGGAGGAGAGGGGCUAAUGCUGGCCAGGGCCAGAGCCAGGGUCAGCACGGGGGGGCUCCUGCCGCGGGGCUGGCCUGGCAGGGGUUAAUGGGUGGUUCUUCCUCUUCCUCAUCCUCUAUAUGAGGCUGCUCCCGGCUCUGGGCUCAGUUUGCCGCGGCAGCCGGAGGGGCAGGAGCUGCGUGGGACUGGAGCAUCCAUCCCUGCAUCCCGUCCCUGCAUCCCUGCGUGGGCUCAGGGCUGAACCCAGGAGCCGAGCGAAGCCCCAGGAACCUCCUGAGCGGCCUCACCAGCCCUGCCCGGCCGCUCCGCAGGGCACGGAGCGAUCAGCGGCGAUCAGCAGCGCCGUUCCGGGGCCAUGGUGCCCCUGGGCAGCCCCACUCUCGCCGUCUGCGCCUCCGGCAACCUGCGCCUCAUGGCCCCCGGCCGCGGCUCCCCGCUGGCCUGGCUGAACCGGGGCCCCGAGUGCCCGCAGGGCCCGGGGGGCAGCGGGGGCCGCAGGGCCAGCGCCGUGGAGCGCCUGGAGGCCGACAAGGCCAAGUACGUGAAGUCGCAGCAGGUGAUCAGCCGGCGGCAGGAGCCGGCGCUGCGGGGCUCGCCGCGGCUCUCCCCGCACGGGCGGCGCCGCCUCGCCCGGCAGCAGUGCGGGGAGCUGGGCCCGGGCUCGGAGCUGCCGUGCCCGCAGUCCCCCGUGUCCCGCCGCAGCGGCAGCCGCCGCCUGCUGAGACCCGACUCGCUCAUCAUCUACCGGCAGAAACGGGACUGCCUGGGCGGCGACAAGGAGAACGCCAAGGGCUCCGGGCUGGUGCGGCGCCUCUUCCAGGGACCCCUCAGAGCCACCCCGCCCAGCUCGCCCCCCGCCAGGCCGCUGGGCGACGGGCCCGGAGCCCCCCGGAGCCCCGAGACCCCCAUGCUGUGGGCACCCGCCGAGAAGGAGGAGGCGCGGACACCGGGAGGGGACGGCGGCGGUGACAGCGGCGGCACCUUCCCCGUGCCCGCGGAGCAGCCGCCCGGUGCCGCCGGGAAGGAGCCGCUGGCUCUGCGCGUGUCGCUGCCGCUGUCGGAGCAGGAGCGCUUCUUCAACUACUGCGGGCUGGACCGGGCGCAGGUGGAGCUGCUGGGCCGGGAGCGCUUCGGGCCCGCGGGCUGGGACAGCGCCUCGGCCCGGGCCGGCUCCUGCGAGUCCGAGCCCGGACGGGCCUCGGGGGGCAGCGAGGGGGACGCGGGGCCGGGCGAGGAGGAGCCGGACGCCCGGCCGGGCUCCGCCGUCUCGGUGGUGGAGCGCAACGCCCGAGUCAUCAAGUGGCUCUACGGCUGCCAGAGAGCCUGGGCGGCUGCCAAGGAGUCCACGGUGUGAGCGGGGACGGCCUGGCCGGGACCGGGACACCCGCGGGGCUCCCGCUGGCUGCACCGGGCCCCUCGCCCUCGCGGGAUGUGGCCGAGGGGCUGGUGGCACCCCUGGCCCUGGUGGCACCCCUGGCCCUGGUGGCACCCCUGGUCCCGGUGCCGUGGGGAUGCUGCGGGCUGGGAGAGCCGCCAGGUCCUCAGGCUGAGUGUGGUGGGGGCACCUGAGGGCAGGUGAGGAAGGGCCACCCGUGGCCUCAGGGCUGGCAUGCUGCUGUCCCCUAUCUUCUCCCUGUCCCCAGCCCAGGAGGGUGGCACGGGCCCUUAGCCCCCACUGACCACUCAAGUCCUGCUCCAGCUGCAGGCUGGGCGUGGGCCGAGCCCGAGCCCCCUGUCGUGGGCAGUGCCCAUCCCUCAGCCCCCUCCUCCCCAGAGCAGGGGCUGCCGGGGCCAGAGCUGCCCUCAAUAAAUCCGUUUGGGCUUUUUUCUA